AUGUCGGCGGACGACCAGCAGUUUCUGGACGUCCUGUCCUCGCUGCCCAACCAGCUCCGCCGAUGCUCUGACGACCUCGCCGGCUUUAUCAACCCGCACGUCGAGAAGGCCGCGGAGGCUGUGAGGGAGACGCUUUCCGCCACGGAAUGGAUACCUGAUUCUGUACGGCCACGGCCUCCCGUCCGCCACACCCCCAUCGAGGUGAUCGCCAUCAGUCGAUACGAGAGACUUUCGGACUGGGUUUCGAAGCACAAGGUCCUGACUGGCGCCAUCGUUGCCGUCGUUGGAGUGGUGGCGUACCGCUCGUACAGAAAUAGCAGGUUCUGUCGCAAGACGCGGCGUGCGAAACGAGCGAGGAACGGAGGCCGUCUUGAGGUUGUCGUCAUCGCUGGAUCGCCGGCCCUGCCCUUGACGAGGUCCCUGUCCUUGGAUUUCGAGCGACGAGGCUUUGUCGUUUACAUUGUCUGCAACGCCGAGGAGGAUGAGCAUAUGGUUCACAGCCUGUCAAGACCGGAUAUCCUCCCUCUGUCGAUUGACACUACGGAUCCUCCCAGAGCAGGUGCAGCCAUCGACAGCUUUGCGCAAUACCUCCAAUCCCCUCACGCUCCCGCGCCGCGAACGAAACCAAACUUCUUGCAGCUAAAAUCCGUCAUCCUCAUUCCUUCUCUUAACUACCAGACUUCACCCAUCGCCACCAUCCCACCAUCCAGCUUUGCAGAUCUCUUCAACACCCACCUCCUCCACCCUAUCCUCACGAUCCAGGCAUUCCUUCCUCUCCUGACGACACGCCUCAGCCCGCCUGGCGAGAAAUGGACGCCGGCAAAGGUUAUCGUCUUCACACCGUCCAUCAUCUCAUCCAUCAACCCUCCGUUCCAUGCCCCGGAGGCGACCGUCUCCUCCGCCCUCUCUGCCUUUACCGAGGUCCUGACGGCAGAGCUCCGUCCCCUCGGUAUCCCUGUGACACAUGUCCAGCUAGGCACCUUCGACUUCACCGGCUUCCAGCCCUCGAAGCAGGUGCACCCCUCUCAAAGAGGGCUUCUCGAGGGCGCACCCGGCAUCGACGCCGACGCCACAGAGACCCUCAUGUGGCCUGAUAACGCCCGCAACGCCUACGGCCGCAACUUUGUCAUGCAGAGCACCUCUGCCAUCUCGGCAGGACGCAUCCGCGGACUCAAGGGCAGCUCGCUGCGACACUUGCACAACGCCGUCUUCGACGUCAUCGAUGGCUCCAUCACCAGCGGCACCGUCCGCGUCGGCCUUGGCGCGAGCGUGUACGGCUUUGUUGGACGAUGGGUGCCCCGUGGUCUUGUGUCGUGGAUGAUGGGAAUCCGACGUGUUGACGAGCUGUCAGCUUGGCAGUCUAGCUCGUACGACGGUUCGUUGGACGGAAGUGAGAGCGGAGAAGCCCAAGAUUUCGUUGCUGUUCCGGACGAGCCGUCGAGCAACGUGUGGAAGAGUUCUUAA